AUGGAAUCAGACCGACUUGCCCCUACCGAUGCCUUCUUCACUGGAUCGAUCAGAAGCCGUAAGGGCAAGGAUCGGACACGCAGCGCGAGCCGUAAACGCAGGGGUAACUACAAGAAACUGCUUUGGUUUAAACAGCCAUUUCCCGAUAACUACACGGAUGAAAAGACAUUCUUGGACCAUCUGCAACGGAACCCGCGACUUCAGCCAUACGAAUUCUGGUCGUUGAUGGCUGACGCUACCGUCAUCGUACAGCAUCUUGCGUCUGUCAUGAUCUUUUGCUGUUGUUUUGUUGCUAUCAUCAACGGUAGAGUCUCGCCGGUAGCCAUUGUCGGCUGGGCGAGCUUCUGCACUGUUCUAGGAUGGCUUUUGUGGGAUCAUUGGAUGGGGCAAGAGCUGACCGCAGAUGCGCCUUCAAAUUUGAAACCCAAUACAACCGAACCAUUCCUAACAGAUGCUACAUCACUACGCAGACAGCAAAGGAUAGCAACUGCAAAAUCAGCACUCUUGAUAUAUGCUGCCUUGCUUGGACUCAGUCCAAUUCUCAAAUCCCUGACGCGCUCAACAACAAGUGACUCUAUCUGGGCGCUUAGCACGUGGCUCCUCAUGAUCAAUGUUGCUUUCUUCGACUAUGGAGGAGGACCUGGCGCACGACUACCAGCCUCGAUUUCGACAAACUCUGCAAUGAUGGCCUCCGCUGUACUAGCGUCACGACUUCCAUCAACGACCCACGUGUUCUCCUUGACUCUCUUCUCCAUUGAAAUCUAUGGCCUCUUCCCGAUAUUUCGUCGACAACUUCGUACUCGGUCACCAUGCGGACACCUGGUCCUUACCAUUGUUCUUGUCGUUUUAGCAUGGGGCGGCUUGUUCAUCACUUUGACUGGUGGUGGUCGCAAUGCAUUUGUAGCGGGUAUCAUUCUUGGAGGACUUUUGACGAUAUUCUCGAUGGGCGUCUGCAGCUGGUGGUUGAUCGGACUCCAGAAAUAUAAAAAUGAGAUCCGUGGACCCUGGGAUCCGGCGAGACCCAUUAUACGGCGACACUGGGACUAA